GGGAGUUCCGACGAUUUGCAAAAGCAACGACGACUACACGUCAUUUGAAUAUCGUGUUUUGCUAUGAAGGACCUCUAAGAAUAGAGGCAAGCAUCAAUGCUCAAAAUGACGGUUUGCUUAAGGAUAAGCCAAGAAAAACAACUCAGAAUGGUCCACGCUAUAUGAUUCCUGUGAUGUUCUUUAUUCACGCCUGCUUUCUGGCUCUAUUCGCCAUCACUGCCCUGAACUUGUGUGGUAAAAAAGAUAAAGCACCGAAGGGUAAACAACCACCUCCUGGUCCUAAGACUACCGACGAAGCGAAGACAGCGAAGCCAGAUACAGAGAAGAAGCCUGAGGAAAAGAAGGAAGCUGAUGUGAGAUCAGGAGAGGAAGAAGACAAGCCUAAAGAGGGAGAGAAACCUAAGGAGGGCGAGAAGCCUAAGGAGGGUGAGAAGCCUAAGGAAGGAGAAAAGGCGAAGU